CUGUUCCCUUCCCUGGACACGCUCCAGCCCCUCAGUGUCUGCCUUGGAAUGACCCAGCCCAUCCAGAUCCCUCUGCAGAGCCUUCCUUCCCUCAAGCAGAUUGACACUCUCACCCAACUUGGUGCCGUCUCCAAACUUGCUGCAUUCAAUCACUUACCCAGGUCAUUGGUAAAGUUAUUGAACAGGUGUCCAUUUUCAUGUUAUUUUCACCCUGUCUCUGCAGAGCUGGCUGGUUCUGAUGUUCACAUUUCUGUGGGGAAAGCUCUAAUAUUCUUGUUUUUCUGUCACUUUGCAGUGGGUCCAAAGCUUUUCCAGUAUGUCCUAAAGGUGCUCGUGCAGUCAGUGCAGUUACUGUACACGUUGCUGAGGAUAGAUCAGCCAUCCUAUAUUCUUCUUCAGAAUCCCCCAGGCUUGCCCAGUAUAGCUGUUGCCUGGGUGGCAGGGCUGUGGUGGGGGAGCAAACUCAUCAUUGAUUGGCACAACUAUGGAUACACCAUCAUGAGCCUGAGCCACGGGAGGAACCACCCACUGGUGCUGAUUGCAAAAUGGUAUGAAAAGCUUUUUGGGCGCUUGUCUGACUAUAACCUGUGUGUCACUGAUGCCAUGAAAAAAGAUCUCUGGGUGAAUUUCAAGAUAAAGGCUGUAACAUUGUAUGACAAACCAGCAUCUUAUUUUAAGGAAACACCAUUAGACCUCCAACACAACCUGUACAUGAAACUUGCCAAGGACUAUGAGCCUUUCAAACCACGUACAGAGCUCAGUGCCGACAGAUCGGCCUUCACGGAGAGGGAUGGGAAAAGUGGGAAUGUGCUGAAGACCAAGGGCCGGCCAGCCCUUCUCAUCAGCAGCACCAGCUGGACAGAGGAUGAAGACUUCUCAGUCCUUUUAAGAGCUUUGGAAGAUUAUGAGAGGUUUAUCGAGGAGGGAGCCAAGCUUCCAGCUUUAGUGUGUGUCAUAACAGGUAAAGGACCUCUAAAAGAUUACUACAAUGGACUGAUCCAAAAACUGCACUUUAAGCAUAUCCAGAUCUGUACACCAUGGCUGGAAGCUGAGGAUUACCCUCUUCUGCUUGGCUCAGCAGACCUGGGGGUGUGUCUCCAUAAAUCCUCCAGUGGUUUGGAUUUGCCCAUGAAGGUGGUGGAUAUGUUUGGCUGCUGUUUACCUGUGUGUGCAAUUCAUUUUGAAUGUUUACACGAACUGGUGAAACACAAUGAGAACGGUUUGAUAUUCAGGGACUCGAAGGAACUCGCAGAACAACUGAAGAUGCUUUUCUUGGAUUUCCCUAGCCUGGAAGGGAAACUCCACAGCUUCCGAGAGAACUUGCGAGCGUCCCGGCAACUGCGCUGGGACCAGAGCUGGGACCAGACUGUGCUUCCCUUGCUGGGGAACAAGGAAUGACUGGGGGGAGGGAGGGUGUCAGACACAUUCCUGCAGCUGCAGAGAUUUGGGAAACAGUGAAUAAACACUUUGUAUUGUCUGCACUUACAGUUUCUAACUCCUUCAUCUUGGAACAGGGCUCACACUCUUCCUUUACGGUUUCCUGGGGAGUGAGAGGUGCUGAAGGUGCUGAGGCUGUUUGUUGUGUGACCUGUGCUGCUUGAAGGUCCCUUUUUGGUGAAGAUCCUUGAAUACAGAUAGAAGCUAUUUGCAGCUUUACCUCCUGUACAGUCAGCACUUUAGUAGGUGAUUUGGGUACGGGUUUUUUUUGACAUAUGGCAGCUGCUUUUCAUUUGAGUUGUUUCACUUCAGCCGGUCAAUUCCAUGGCCAGUUAAUUGCCCAAGCACUGAAUAUCAUCCUGUGUGGUUUUAUUGGCAAACAACCAUUUUGUUUUCCAGUUGUUUUUCCUUUUCACAGUGUGUGCAAGAGUGUGGAUACACAGCACUGUUGUGUGACAACUUUACUGGGCACUUGGAGCAAGCAGAGCUUGCAGUGAGUGUUCUCCUUGUACUCUGAAAUUAAUGUGCCAAUUUACCUUGGGAAAACCAUAAAAUUCAUCUCUUCUUGAACAGAUGAACAGAAAA